AUGACCCAAAACCACAGGCGCUCGGAUGAGAUGUCGGACACUGAGAACCAACUCAUAUUCAGUUUGUUGGGGACGGGAUGUAUAUCCCUGCCCACCGCAUUGGUCGACCUGUACGAAGGCGCUGAGGACAGGGAGCAGCCCGGGCACAAGAUUGUCAGUCAACAGCAGGUGCUGCCCGACAUACAACACCAACAGUUUUCGUCCACAUUUCAGAUAUACCGGGAACUGGCGAUCAAUCGUCUGGUGGGCCUGUCGUUUGUGUCGCAGUCCGAGGCCCAGGCGUUGGCCGAUAGCAUGCGACAGGCGCUCGCGCCUCCACCCAAACCUCCCAGACUCGCGUCAACGCAAACAGAGAGUCCACACUCGGCUCGUAGGCUAUCGUUCACACCUCCCGGUACACCUCAACAACGCUCUGGUAGUCCAGGCCCUUCCAGUAGGCUAUCGGCUACCCCUCCCAGUGGUCCCGCGCGACGUCCGGGCACUCACUCAGCCUCUACAAGUCCGACGAGUAGGCGUCCACUUGGAGUGAGUGUUGGCACUCAGACCGGUCCCUACCGGCAGAGGUACACAGACACAGGCCUUUCCACCCACUCGUACGUCCAGAGAGGUACUCAGACCCCGGCCCUCACGAGGUCUUUUGGUACACAAACAGAUCCCAUCCCACCCCCGGCCUACAAUGAAUUGAUCAGAAGUCCAGUUCCCACCACUAUUUCCAGAGUCAGGGCUCAGGAACUCCUGGUUUCUCAAUACCCGGGCAAUGAGGACAUUGAGAGCAGUGGGAGGCUGACUCGAAGACCACACGAAGACAUCCAAAGGGUUUUCGGCGAAACAAUGACUGCAUUGAAGCGAAUCCACAAAGACUUACAGGAAUUGCGCAGAAAUCCUGUGCCGGGCUGUGCGGCCGCACCGGUACCCCCGGGCACCGACAUGUUUCACUGGGAGGCCACCAUUGAGGGCCCGCCCGACACGCCCUACGCGGGCGGCCUAUUUCGACUGUCCAUUGAGUUUCCGCAGGACUUUCCGUUCAGUGCGCCCAGGAUUUGGAUGAAGACCCGUAUAUAUCACCCCAACAUACAGCCCACGGGUACCAUAUGUCUGGACACCAUAACCAGCCACUGGAGUUCAGCCCUAAACAUUGGACAGGUGUUGUUGUCCAUACAGCAGCUGAUGGCCGACCCCUUCCUGGAAAACCCCUUUUGGACAGAAGCCGCCGGAGUUUAUAUGAGAGACCGACAGAAGUUCAACAAAACGGCCAAACAGUGGACACAGAAAUACGCGAAACCACCCGUCCCUUAA